UUUUAAAACGCGCGCUCUGACGGUUUGUGGCGUAAAUGGAUUAGAUGGAAUAAUUCAUAGGCUUCCAACCAAGUUUAGCAUCCUUUCCGACCUUUGUAAAUUGAAGUAGACCAGCGUCCAAAGCAACGCAUAUCGAGCAACGUGUUAACCAUGAAGACCGCAACUGCUGUGGCUUUGCUUCUCUUUGCCUUCACAACAAAAUCAUAUUUCUUCCAGAUAGCCAACGCUGCAAACCAGCCUGUGCUUGACAUCGAUGGUGACGAGCUGCGGACAGGUGUUGAAUACUACGUCUUGUCCGCGAUAUCGGGUGCUGGUGGUGGGGGGCUAGCUCUCGGCAGGGCUAGUGAUCAAAAGUGCCCAGAAAUUGUUGUUCAAAGACGAUCCGACCUCGACAAUGGUACUCCAGUGACGUUUUCAAGUUCGGUCCCCAAUGAUGAAGUUGUCCGCCUAUCUACUGAUACAAACAUAGAGUUCGUUCCCAUCAGAGACAAAUUGUGCCUAACAUCAACUGUGUGGAAGGUUGACAAUUUUGACUCUUCCACAGGAAAAUGGUGGGUGACAACUGAUGGGGUCAAAGGGAAACCUGGUCCUAACACUUUGACCAGUUGGUUUAAGAUUGAGAAGGCCGGAGUGAUUGGUUACCGAUUUAAGUACUGCCCGUCGGUUUGUGAAUCAUGCACAACUUUAUGCAGCGACAUUGGAAGAUAUGGAGAUGAUGGACAAAUACGUUUGGCUCUGGGUGACAAUGGGUGGCCAUUCGUCUUUAUAAAAGCAAGUGGGAUAAAACAAGUUGCUAAUGCGAAGCAGUAAACACAGUAGUUUACGUAUCAACUACUGUAUUGUCCAAAUAGCAGUGCUAGCCGGCC